AUCGAAACUACCCCAUCCUUAUCCUACAACACUAUUCGACCCCAACUCGACGGUUUGCGAAACACCAACCUAGAGACUCUGGACGAAAUUCGACAUCCGAUUUCAAAGAUGCAUUACGCAGUUAUCUUUGCAGCUGUUAUCCCAACAGCGUAUGCCCACUUCGUUAAGGUAUAUGGCGGAAUUGGAUGUACAAACCCUCAAGUCGGUGUAUUCAACUUCGGAACCAACUCGCCAGGCUGGGAGAGCAGAUGUUGGUCCGUUUCUCCUAGCGGAAUCUCAGUCUAUGUACACUUCGAUGGGACAGAGGGUGUACCAUGCAAUGUAUAUGUCUACAACGACAACCGAUGUGGGUCCCAAGUCGCCUUCUUCGACGGAGAGACGUCGGGUCGCAACGGCUGCUUUGACGAUUAUUCGUGGGGAAGGAAGGCUAUCAAUUCCUACAGGGUUACAUGUCGCCACCCUAUAUAAUGGCGAAGUCAAGGGUCAGGCGAGCAAGGAAUCACGUGUCUGAUCAACAAGAAGUGUUUCCUUUUGUAUUUAUGUGUUUUGUUACCUUCGGAAGACCAGGAAACAAUACAGACAACAGGCGGUAGUGCAGGGAGAGAGGGACUUUAGCAUUUAUCGCCUUUUUCUUCUUGGGUCGGGAUCAACCAGGCGUCACUGGGUGAUAGAAAAGAGUGAAAAACAAACAAAAAAACGUUGUCUGUAUUUAGAGUUGGAAUGGUAUUCACUUCAAAGGCGGUAGAUGUGUUUUGUAUUUAGGAAACGUCGAGAUGCAAAGCGCCCCUUCAACAACAG